AAAACACUUUCUUAACUUAAGCUCCUUCUUCGUCCUCGUCCCCUUACUGUCAUUCCUCCAAAUGACCAAACCCUAGUUUGCCUCAUCUUCUUUAAUUAUUUGGGGGACAAAAAGCAUAAAUCUUUAUAAUCGUUAAAAAAAAAAAAACCGACAGAAAUCUAACAAAUACAUUCCUUCAUGGGUGAUUCCAAGCACAGAAAACGAGGCCGCAAACCCAAAAUCCCUACCGCCCAAACACUAGAUCCCACCACCGCCAGCGCCACCGAUGACGACGUUUUCUCCGUAAGCAACGUCGAAAUCAUCAAUCCCACUACAACCAACCCCAGCAGCAGCAGCAAGAACAACCACAACAACCACCAUAGUAGCCACCGUCGUAGGGGUCGUCCCAAGAAGCGCCCCAAACACUCCCCAGAAAAGCCCGAGAAGCCUCCGCCACUGGUGAUUAAUGGAGACUUAGGGCCCGCACCGCCCGUGGAGAGUGUGGCCAGGGUGGUGCCGGCAAUGGACGCUGUAGUGAAGGUGUUCUGCGUACACACGGAACCGAAUUUCUCCCUCCCGUGGCAGAGAAAGAGGCAGUAUAGCUCGAGUAGUAGUGGGUUUGUGAUUGGGGGCAGGAGAGUUUUGACUAAUGCACAUUCCGUGGAGCAUUAUACCCAGGUUAAGCUUAAAAAGCGUGGCUAUGAUACCAAGUAUUUGGCUACCGUGCUUGCUAUUGGGACAGAGUGCGACAUUGCUUUGCUAACAGUCAAUGAUGAUGAGUUCUGGGAAGGGGUGUCACCUGUUGAAUUUGGGGAAUUGCCUGCACUUCAGGAUGCCGUAACUGUUGUCGGUUACCCAAUUGGAGGGGACACAAUCUCUGUGACAAGUGGUGUUGUGUCGCGAAUAGAGAUCUUAUCUUAUGUCCAUGGGUCGACAGAACUUCUGGGCUUGCAGAUAGAUGCUGCUAUAAACUCAGGAAAUUCUGGUGGGCCUGCCUUUAAUGACAAAGGACAAUGUGUGGGCAUUGCGUUUCAGUCCCUUAAGCAUGAAGACGUUGAAAAUAUAGGGUAUGUCAUACCAACACCUGUCAUCACUCACUUCAUCCAAGAUUAUGAGAAGAACGGUGCAUAUACAGGAUUCCCAUUUCUUGGGAUUGAAUGGCAGAAAAUGGAAAAUCCAGAUUUGCGUAUGGCUAUGAGAAUGAAACCUGAUCAAAAGGGUGUUCGUAUCAGACGAAUUGAUCCUACCGCCCCAGAAUCCAAAGUCUUGAAGCCAUCAGAUAUUAUUCUCAGUUUUGAUGGGGUAGAUAUUGCCAAUGAUGGAACUGUUCCCUUUCGGCAUGGAGAGCGCAUAGGUUUCAGCUACCUUAUCUCCCAAAAGUAUACUGGGGAUAAUGCAGCAAUUUCUGUUCUCCGCAAUUCGGAAACUCUAAACUUUGACAUCAAACUUUCAACUCACCGAAGACUCGUUCCACCACAUGUCAAAGGCAGACCUCCAUCAUAUUAUAUUAUUGCAGGAUUUGUGUUCUCAACAGUGUCUGUUCCUUAUCUCCGUUCUGAGUAUGGCAAGGAUUACGAAUACGAAGCUCCUGUCAAGCUUUUGGACAAACUUUUGCAUUCAAUGCCACAAUCUCCAGAUGAGCAGCUGGUUGUCAUUUCUCAGGUGCUUGUGGCUGAUAUUAACAUUGGUUAUGAGGACAUUGUUAACACUCAGGUUCUUGCCUUCAAUGGCAAACCAGUGAAGAAUCUGAAGAGCCUGGUCACUAUGGUUGAGAGCUGCACUGAUGAAUUUUUAAAAUUUGAAUUGGAAUAUGAGCAGAUAGUGGUUCUCAGGACAAAGACAGCCAAAGCAGCUACUGUAGAUGUUCUUACUACACAUUGCAUACCUUCUGCAAUGUCAGAUGAUCUUAAGCCAUGAAUUUGGUUCCUAGUGUAGGUACAUUACAAUAUUCUUGUUUUAGCCUUACACCAACAUUAUUUUUCUCUUCCAACAGUAGGGGAGAGAAAUUUGUAGAUUGCUUGAGGCGGACUAUAUAUCAUUUUCACCAUCCACCUUCUCUAGAUUCUGUUAGGUGUUCUACCAAUAUCUUUGAGAACUGUGGCACAGUUCACUGGAACCUCAACUACUAUAUUUCCCUUCGCAACAAGUGAAGGAAAGCUCUCCAGGAAUAUCAGUUAUGGUGGUUUUAUCUUUUUUCUGACCUCAUUUCAAUUUUGGGAAACGUGUUGGUCGUUUGAUCAUUUGUAGCCUUUUCCGUUGAAUAGCAUAUUAAUCUGUCUCAUUUUUUUAAUGAAAGCCUACUUUUAGACCUGUA